AUGGUGUCCUUUAUUGUCCCGUUUUUGGUGUCCUUGGCCGCCGCAUUGAUAGCCACAGAUCAAGCGCCAAAACCGCUUUCAUUCACUUUGAACAAGCACCCGAAAACGCUGGUGGUACGACCUCUUCGUGGUGGCUCUGUUUCCGAUGUUCAGAUCGAAGUUGCGAGUGUUAAUGCUAAUGCACGGCUCUUCUCAGACGGGGAAGGCUACACCAUCAAUUUGGGGAUCAUUGAUGAAGACCAACAGUUGCUGGUGCUUUUGGAUACCGGGUCCGCCGACUUGUGGGUUGACGCUACUAAAUUAAAUGAUACCAAUGGGUUUACGAAAGUCGGCAUACCAUUUGCCAUUGGCUACGGCUACCUGUCGAGCGUACGGGGCGAUUAUGGAACCUCGUCAGUGUGGCUUGAGAACGGCCUUGAAGUCAAAGACCUCCGGUGGGUAUUGGCCUCUGACGUUCAGUUAAACGGUACCAUUUACCCGGGGAUUCUUGGGGUAGGCAGAGUGCUUAAUGAAGCCACGAGAUCCCACUACCCUAACUUCCCGCAAAAAUUGAAGGAUAACGGCUUGACUACGUCCAAUUCGUACUCGUACUACCUCAAUAAGCUUGGGGCUGCCACUGGUAAUAUCAUCUUUGGCGGGCGUGAUCUUGCCAAAGUGAAAGGUCCCGUGGCCACAAUCAACUCCAACCCUAAAAUUGGCUACGAUUCAGUUACGGUCCUGAAAUUGACCACCAGUGAUGGCGUCUCGGUUAAAGGGUUUGAAGGGUUUUUGGAUACUGGGACCACAUUGACAUUUCUCCCCGAGGAAGUCAUCACCAGUUUGAACGUCACCGGCGUCUACGUUGACCAGCACCUGUAUUACAUCGCUUGUGAUCAACCGGAAGAUAAAUACGUCUCGUACUGGUUUGACGACGCGGAAAUUAAGGUGUCGUAUAAGGACUUAGCGCUCCCUGAAACUGACGACCUGGGUAAGCUCACUGGGAGGUGUGUGUAUGGCCUUCAAGCUGGUCCUCCUUAUGUGUUUGGAGAUACGUUUUUGCGCAGUGCUUACAUUACUACCAACCACGACACCAACCAGGUGUUGAUCUCCGCCGUUGAGUAUACCGACGAGGAAAAUAUCGUCGCCAUUUGA